UCGACAGCAUCCCCCGUUUAGUAGCUACCUACCUUACUCCCAAGCCACCUAGGCAACUUGAUGCUGCACCGCAUACCACCUCGUCUGCGACCCGCCUUCAGCUAGCGACAGAACACCUACCGACAUCACAACCACUCAAACAGAGUCGCAUCGCUGGCGGCGAAAGAACUUCCCUUUGUUCUGUGGCACGCGACCGAACAGCAAGGACGAGGCGGAGCCUCGGUCGGUCGGACUGCCAGCUGCUUGCCCCUUGUCGCGUCCCACUCACUCGCCGCCGUUGGGCCCCCAACCACAGUCGGCCACAACUCUCCUUCGUCGCCAUCGUCAAUCCAGCCGUGCUGGCGCAGACUCGUCAAAAUGGCGCAGGCCGGUGGUUCUUACAACAACCCCUUGAAGAAAUUCAAGCUGGUGUUUCUGGGGGAGCAGAGUGUUGGAAAGACUUCUUUAAUCACGAGGUUCAUGUACGACUCGUUCGACAACAUGUACCAGGCCACCAUCGGCAUUGAUUUCUUGUCGAAGACGAUGUAUCUCGAGGACAGGACUGUCCGCUUACAAUUAUGGGAUACUGCGGGUCAGGAGAGGUUCCGAAGCCUCAUCCCCUCCUAUAUCCGCGACUCGAGCGUGGCGGUAGUUGUCUACGACAUAUCCAAUGCCAAGUCGUUCCAAAACACCAAGAAGUGGAUUGACGACGUCCGAGCGGAGCGAGGGAACGACGUCAUUAUCGUGCUCGUGGGCAACAAGACCGAUUUGAACGACAAGCGCGAAGUUACAACCCAGCAAGGCGAAGACGAAGCCAAGAAGAACAACCUCAUGUUCAUGGAAACCAGCGCCAAGCUUGGCCACAACGUGAAGAACUUGUUCAAGAGGAUAGCACAGGCUCUCCCGGGCAUGGAAGGCAGUGAUGCGGCUGCCCAAGCCUCGAGUCAGAUGAUUGACGUCAAGACGAACACGACACAACCGGCGCAGGAGGGCUGCUCAUGUUAACACCACUAUUGGCGCAUGAACCAGUGUCAUGAACUGGCGCGUGUGGAAAUGGUGCAAAGAAGCCCAUAUGAUAGGAUAUCCUGCAUAGCGGGGGUGGGGGAGUGGACGUCUGGCGCAUGUGGCUUGUAUAAUACCGUAGGGACAACGAGCCAACUAUCGCUACAUAUGCAUGCAUCAUCAUUAAUACUACGAAUACGCGCGUGGG